UUUGGGCCGGCUCAUUCCAGCAGGUGACUGUUUGAGCCACUGUACGGAGAGUUUUUCCAUUCCGGUACUGACGAUCCUGCAGCUGCUUCAGCAGGUGUUUGUUCUUCUGACAGAAAAGAUUCUGCAAGAUGAAUAAACAAUACACAUCAGUGAGUCCCACCGACGUCAGCGUGAAGACUGAGAACGGACCUCAACCAAAGAAAUACCGCUACGUACGCAAAGAAGGCAACUGUAACGUUGUGUUCCGCCAUGUUCCUGAGGAGUGGCUGCUGUUUGUGACCGACAUCUUCACCACCUUGGUGGAGAUCAGAUGGAGGGUGAUGUUCCUGAUCUUUGCUCUCUCUUACAUCCUGUCAUGGCUCUUCUUCGGCAUCCUCUACUGGGUCAUUGCUCUCGUUCACAAUGACAUGAAAGAUCACACAAAUGACCCCUGCGUGUACGAAGUGCGCAGCUUCACGGCUGCUUUCCUGUUCUCGCUUGAAACUCAAACCACCAUUGGCUACGGUUUCAGGGGAAUGUCCGAGAACUGCAUGAUUGCCAUCGUCGUAGUCACUAUACAAGAUGUCAUCAGCUGCUUCAUCGACACGUUCGUCAUCGGAAUUGUUGUCGCCAAAAUGGCCUCGGCCAGAAAGAGGGCGCAGACGGUGGGCUUCAGUAACUGCGCUGUCAUCAACCUACGUGAUGGUCAUUUGUGUCUUUCCUGGAGAGUUGGCGACUUUCGUAGACACCACCUGGUGGAGGGGACGGCUCGUGCCCAGAUUGUCCAUUCCACGGUACACGCAACGGGGAAAAUGGACGUGACCUACGAAGAUCUGGUCAUCCAGCAGAGGGACGUUGUCCUGGUCACACCUACCACCAUUUUCCACAGGAUCGAACCGGGCAGCCCUCUCCACAACAUGAGUUUGGUAGAUCUGCGCAAAGCAGACUUUGAGCUUGUGGUGUCUUUCACUUACACGGACGACUCCACAGGUAUGCUGCAUCAGACCCGAACCUCGUACACUCCAGCUGAAAUCCUCUGGGGUCAGCUGUUUCAGGAGAUGAUCAGGGUCAGCAGGAGGCACUACAGGGUGGAUUACACCUUGUUCAAUCACACCGCUAAGGUGCUGGUUCCCGAAGUCAGUGCUGAAGAGUAUGAACACAAAAAGAUGCUGCGGCCCUCUCCUCGACACUCACCUCGACAUUCACCUCGGUCUUCUCCGCGACAUUCACCUAGAGUUACUCCAUGCCCCUCUCCAAAGUCAAAACGGCAAAGUCAUCACGAACAAUUUCUGAAACCCCCGGCAGUAACUGUGGAACUUGUGAACGAUAGUCACCCUGAUCCAAUUGUCUCAACAUCUCAAGCACAUCAACAUCACGACACUUUGACUCUGCCAAAUGACAUCACGAGUCAAGAAAUAUAAAGGCAGAUUAUUUCUGUUAAGAGGAAUCUGAAGGAUGCUACUGAAUCUCAUUCACUGUCAGAAUCUGUUUUUUAGCAUGUGACACUCCAACGUCUGUCUUUUGAGUAUCAAAGCCUCAACCCUUCUAGGCCUGAAAGAUGGCGCCCAUUCCAAUAAUACACCUUGUAGACUAUAUGGAGCGAUGCUUAGCUGUUCAGGGUUAAUGCUGAUGUUAGGAUGCUAACAUGGUCCUAAUGACGUUGCUAAUAUUGUAAAGUAUUGCAUGUAUAAUGUUUACUAUGUUCGCCAUCUCAGUUUAGCAUGUUAGCAUUCUAACGACUCUUUCGUUGGUCUAGAAGACUUCGGCGUGUCGCUCAAUGGUUACUCCCUCGAUAAACAAAGACCCAAACUUUAAACUACAACAGGAAGUCGGAGUGUUGAAUACAUUUAGGAAUAUUGAACUGAAGCCUACAGGUGAUCAGGAUUGAUACACAAAAUAUAAAUACUUAGUGUCACUUUGAACAUUUAAAAGUAAUAUGUUAUUUGUCCAGAGGUCAGUUAUUUAAAAUAUAUAUAAGUUUUAGGUCCUUAUGAAGUCAUUGCAACAUUCAGAGUCCAGUUAAUUUAGACUAAA